GGCACGAGUAUAGAGCACGCUUAGUAUACACUAGGCAUUUCCCAGGGCGGACGAUUUACUGCUUAUGUCCAGGCUUUGCGUCUCUGCAAGUCUGAAUUGAAGGAUUAACCACUUCCUCUAGAGAUCGGGAAGCUCACUUCCCCAAGUAUAUUAGCUACUUUUCUUGCUGCGUGUUGAGAGACAAUUGAGAAGGGACAACUCCCCUGUCUCCAAUUUAUAAGGAGAGCAAGUGAGAAAUCGGAAGUCAAAGUCCUUCAAAUCACCUCAGAAAACGGGAAUUUACUACAGCAACGACCACCUACCCCCAGGGACCAAGGCAUACAUUUCCCACCAGUUUCUAGACAUGUAGGCAUCUGGACACCUAGACAUUUAUUUCCCUAGCUCACCCAGGCAAGCUUCCAUCCCAGGGGACAAACAAGGGAAGAGGUGCAUAUCCAAUCCCCUAAGUGCCUCCACGGUGUCGGUGUCGGGAACCCUGGCGUCCCUACAAGGCUCUGGACCUUAGGCCCUUCAUCCUAAGGUCCCUUUAAAUACUUUGUCCCUUACCUGAGUCCCGCCCAGGACAGGUAAUCACAAACCCCGCCCCUCUGCCAGAAACCGGGAUCCGUCUGAUUACAGGGAGAGGGGCACCCCUCCUUUCACUCCCCUCCCCUCUCCCCUAUCCCCCAUUCACAGCUGGCCUUAGCUGGCCUGGCCCAGGAAGCCCCAAUUAAAGAAGAGGGGACAGUCGCUCACAGGUCUGGGCAGGUGUUCGUAAAAUAUGAGGGGCUCCCCCUCUCUGCUGCUUCUGUACCUGGGAUUGACCACCUGCUUGGACACCUCACCCAGUGGGGACCAAGACCCAGAAGUCUUCCUGGACUCCCCAGAAGCCCAGAGCUUUCUAAGAAGCCGUAGCCGGAUUCCACGAGCCAAUCACUGGGACCUGGAGCUCCUCACACCAGGGAACUUGGAACGGGAGUGUCGUGAGGAGCGGUGUUCCUGGGAGGAGGCACGGGAGUAUUUUGAGGACAACACUCUGACGGAGCGCUUUUGGGAGAGCUACAUCUACAAUGGCAAAGGAGGGCGUGGACGUGUGGAUGUAGCAGGCCUGGCGGUGGGGCUGACAUCGGGCAUCCUGCUCAUUGUCCUGGCCAGCUUGGGAGCCUUUUGGUAUCUGCACUGCCGACGACGGGGUAGAGGCCAGCAGCCCUGUCCCCAAGAGGCUGAGCUCAUUAACCCCCUGAGUCCCCUGGGCAAUGUAGGCCCCCCGACGCCCCUGCCUCCACCGCCACCCCCAGGUCUCCCCACCUACGAGCAGGCGCUGGCGGCCUCUGGGGUGCACGACGCACCUCCGCCCCCUUACACCAGCCUCAGGAGGCCUCGCUGAAGAGCUGUUUCAGAGCUGGUGUUCCCCAGAUUCACAGCGGAUUCCAGAGCCCCCAGGCCUCUUAAACCACGUAGCUGAGCUUGAGGAGUGGUGGGAGUAGUGGUCGUCCGGCCCGAGGCCUACCCUGGCACACGUGUUUCCGCCAAGUACGGAUACACGCGUAUCCCCGGCCAACGUGUUCCCUCGUCCCGGGUUACUCGCGGGCCCCCACGCUCUCCUGACGGUGGGGGUACCCGGCAGCCCCGCCCCCCGGGGGUAGGCUUGCGUGGAAACUCGGACCCCGGCGCGUGGGCCCGGUGUACCGACUCGCGUGAGUGAGCAGGUGUGACAAGGCCAUCGCCCUCCCGUGCUACGGGCCACACACACGCGCAUGUUUUCGUGUGCUCUCCUUGCACGCACACGGGCGCUCUGCAAUCCAGGGAAAGGGUGGGGGGCAUAUUUGCAAGUGUGCUCUUUGGGGUCAGGCUCGCAUUGCACCGGGAGACUGGAGUUGUGCUUCUCUCGUAAAUUACAAUGCUUUUGUAAAAGAGACAAAAAGUGAACGCAAAAAAUAAAAAAUAAAAAUCAAACUGAACUGCA